CACUUGCCAGGGUGGGGAGGGAGAGAUUUUUUCCUUGUCUUUCCUCCUUCUCUUUUUUAUACUUCCUUCUUGGGCAAAAGGCUGGCGUAAUAGAAAACAGACACGAGUCAGAAUGUGAGGCAUUCACAGGAGAAAAAGUUCAGUUCCGUCCUCACUGUGUGGAUAAGUCAGGAGAGGAAAACAGAAAAGGCUAAGUAGUCUAAUUAUACAGUGUUUGUUGUUUUUACUAUGUGGGGGAGAUUAUGUUGUUGUUAGCUAGUAUGUCACAGCGUCAGAUCAGGAUCAGGAUGGACCCUCCAUGCCAUCGGCACGGACUUGGCACGGGAUGGCUGUGAAAAUGUGGACAAAGUUAUGUCUGAACAGAGCGUGCAGUCCAACUUCUUCUCCAGAUUCUAGUUGAAAAGCCUCUAUGACCACCAUGAGCUGGAGCUUUCUCACGCGUCUUCUGGAAGAGAUCCACAACCAUUCCACCUUUGUAGGGAAAGUGUGGCUCACGGUGCUCAUCAUAUUCCGCAUUGUACUGACCGCCGUGGGGGGCGAGUCCAUCUACUCUGACGAGCAGACCAAGUUCACCUGUAACACCAAGCAGCCCGGUUGUGACAACGUGUGCUACGAUGCCUUCGCCCCACUCUCACAUGUCCGCUUCUGGGUUUUCCAGAUCAUCAUGAUCUCCACCCCCUCAGUAAUGUACCUGGGCUACGCCAUCCACAAGAUAGCCCGCACCUCUGAGUUGGAGCGCCGGAAGUUCCACCGCCGGAAGAAGCUCAUUCAUGCUCAAAGGUGGACGGAUAACCACCCGCUUGAGGAGGUGCGGGAGGAGGAUGAGGACAACGAUGCAGAGCCUAUGAUCUACCAGGAGGAGGUGGUGGAAGCCCAAGAAGUCAAGCCUGAGCCGGCCAAGCCGCAGAAACAUGACGGCCGCCGGCGGAUCAUGCAAGAGGGCCUGAUGAGAAUCUAUGUCCUUCAGCUACUGUCCCGGGCCGUGUUUGAGAUCGGCUUCCUGGCGGGCCAGUAUCUUCUCUACGGCUUCCGUGUUAAUUCAUCAUAUGUGUGCAAUAAGUUGCCCUGUCCCCACAAUGUAGACUGCUUUAUAUCUCGGCCGACGGAGAAGACCAUCUUCCUGCUCAUCAUGUAUGUCGUCAGCUGCCUCUGCCUGCUCCUCAACGUGUGUGAGAUGUUCCACUUGAGCAUUGGAACAUUCCGAGACACUCUCCGCAAGAGGAGGAAUCAGGAGGGACGACGGCCCUCGUACAGCUACCCGUACUCCCAUAACAUCCCCGCCUCUCCCCCCGGGUACAACCUAGUCAUGAAGUCAGACAGGCCCAACCGGAUUAUCCCCAACAGUCUAAUUAUGCACCAUGAGCAGAACAUGGCCAACGAUGUCCAGGAACAUAACCAGGAGUGCACCAGUCCAGAUGACAACAUCCCCUCGGACCUAGCCAGCCUGCACCGCCACCUACGGGUGGCCCAGGAGCAGCUCGAAAUGGCCUUCCAGACCUAUAACACCAACAAGAACCAGGCCACCUCGAGGACAAGUAGUCCUGGAAGCACCUUGGCAGAGCAAAUCAGGGUCAACACAACCCAGGAGAAACAAGGAGCCAGGCCGAAAUCAGCCACUACAGAGAAAGCUGGGACCGUUGUAAAAAAUGGAAAGAGUUCUGUAUGGAUUUAGGAAUGAUUAACUUCACGUGGUACAGUAAUCUUAGUGAAAAGUCAUUUUCAAUCUCCAGGUCCAUAUUCUGUGGAUAAUGGAAGAUGUGAAAUGAGACAAGAUAGGUAAAAGCUUUGGGGCGUGAAUCGAUUGCUCUGCCUGAAUAGAUUUCGCUUUGUCACCAGGAGAAACCAGCAGUGUGACGUGUCAGAUCAGGAGCACACAAAAUAGGCACGAUUUACAUGUGAUAUCAAAACAAUGGUAAACAAAAAAAGGAAAAACAAACAUGAAGAUAUCACUAAAUACAGUAGUAGUGUAUCCUAUUAUUAGGGUGUCUGUUUGUGUUUUAAAUAACAUAGCUUGAACAUAGUUAAUAUAUGCAUAUGCUGCUUAUUCAAACUUUUCUUAUUUUAGCUACUUACGAAUAUAGGGAGAUAUAAAAUGAACCAUGAUGGCAAUAUAUUUAGAAUUAUUUUUACUGGGAUUAUUAUUUUAACCUAGAUUUUGAACUGGAUUAAUUUGACAGAAUACAUUGAAUUUGUCUUUAAAACUAUAACAAUAUGCAAGUGUGUCUUUUUUAAAUUGUGGUCAAGUUAAAAGCAAUACCGUGGUAAGCACAUUUUAAUGGCACUACGAUUGAAUCCUGAUGAUGUUUAAGAAAAGGACGGUGAACCAAAUGUGAAAAGUAAUCUAGAAAUUCCUAACUGUUCAGAUUUGCACUUGGAACCUUUUGACUAAUUUUGAGUUGUAAUUAAGACAUUUAGAAAAAUAUGCAUUAAUAAUUUAUUUGAGGAAGAAAUGCUGGAUAUGUAUGGGUUAUGUUGAAAUAUAAGAUGUGAAAUCUUAUAGGACAAAUGGUGUUUCAUCAGCAGAGGUUUGAGCAACACUGUUCUCCAUAGAGUAAGAUUUUAUUUCACUCUAGUUUUCAAAGCGUUGUUGUAAGAUUACAUUUUUAUUUAGCAUUCUGCAGUGACAGAAAAAGGUAAGUAGGUUGUUGUUUUGAAAAUUUAAACGACCAAUUUCUGAUAAUUUCUGCUGUUUUUGUGGGGCAGAUAAUGAAUGAAUUGACUUUGCUACAUUUUAACACAUCGUACAUAUACAGUACAAUGCACAUAGUAGAAGAUGUACACUGAGUGAACAAGACAUAAGGACACUUGCCUAAUAUUGAGUUGCACCCAUUUGCUUAAUGACUAAAAUGUAUAAAUGUAAAUGUGUCGAAAGUGUUUCACAGGGAUGCUGGCCCAUGUUGACCCCUAUGCUUCCCACAGUCAUGUCAAGUUGGUCUUUGGGUGGUGGACCAUUCUUUAUACACACAGGAAACUGUUGAGCAUGAAAAAUCCAGCAGCGUUGCAGUUCUUGCCACAAACCGAUGCGCCUGGCCCCUACUACAGCACCCCAUUUGAAGGCACUUAAAUCUUUUGUCUGAGACACAUACACAAUAAAGUCGCAAUUGUCUCAAGACUUAAAAAUCCUUCUCCUCCCCUUCAUCUACAGUGGCUUGGGAAAGUAUACACCCCUUGGCAUUUUCCUAUUUUGUUGCCUUACAAUCUGGAAUGAAAAUUGAUUUUAUGGGGGUUUAUAUCAUUUGAUUUACACAACAGGCCUACCACUUUGAAGAUGCAAAAUAUGUUUUAUUGUGAAACAAACAAGA